AUGGCAGCGGAGUCAGCCGUGGUUCGGAGAUUCACCGCUCAAUCGGGAGCAUUGCGACGGUUCUCUUGCAAACGGGCAUCGAUUUCUACCACUGCGGACAAGUUGAAAUCCCCCGAAGAUGGCGACUACCAUUUACAGGUGGCUGGAGAGCAACGAUCGGGCACUGAGACUCCAGGACCUUUCUCAAGACUGUCGUCUGCAUCACUCGUCCGGAGCAUCAUGAUAGGAAGGAUAUUUCAGUUCCCGAUUUUAUACAAACCUUCGCUAGCCUUGCUCCAGAAAGUCUCCGGUUCCCGAUCGGUAUUUCUGAACGCGGACAAAAACCCACUGAUCCGCGCGAUGGUUCUGCCACUCAUCUACAGACAAUUCUGCGCUGGGCGAAACGAAGCCGAAGUGCAGCGGACGAUCGAGCAGAUCAAGAACAUGGGGUAUGCGGGGAUCAUACUGUGCUAUGCGAAGGAGGUGAUGGCCAAGUCUGGUCAUCAAGCGGCGGACGAGUUGGAAUCCACGGUGGCGCGCAGCGAUAGGACGAGGCAGGAGGUAGAAGAUUGGAAACAAGUCAACCUAAAAACACUGAACGCCGUCGGCGAAGGAGAUUACAUCGGCGUCAAAUUGACGGGAGCUGGCGGGGGAGUGGCCCAGCAGCUGAAAGACGGGGGUCCUCCAUCACCGGAAGUGAGGGAAGCAUUGAGAGAAAUAUGCCGCCAGGCGAAAUCGCAGGGUAAACGCCUCUGGAUUGAUGCCGAACAGCAAGUCUACCAUCCGGCUAUCGAUAAUUGGACCAUCGACCUAAUGCGCGAGUUCAACCGGGAGAACUCGAUGGUGGUAAUGACCACCAUACAAGCCUACCUCAAGUCAUCCCGGCAGACGGUCGAGCGGUAUCUGCGCCUGGCUCAGAAGGAAGGCUGGUCGCUGGGCAUCAAGCUCGUCCGUGGAGCUUACAUUGGCAGCGACAACCGGAGUAAGAUUCACGACACCAAGCGUGAGACAGACGAGUGCUACGACAGCAUCGCGCAUGAUAUCAUCACCAAGUCGUGGCCGGGCUUCGAAAGUGGUAGCCGUGGCGCUGGUAUUGCUGCUGCUGAUGCUUCUGGAUUUCCUCACGUCAGGAUAUUCCUGGCGGGCCACAAUUCCGAGUCGAUUCGAAAGGCCUCGAGCCUGGUCCGCCGGCUCUCCCAAACGGGAGAUCUCGCAAACGAAGUACACUACGGCCAGCUACAAGGCAUGGCGGAUGACAUUGGUUGCGAGCUACUUGCCCAAGCAGACCAUCAACGAGAAGUACUGAAGGCGCUCAACCCGUCAUCAUCGGCCGCCUCGAGUCCUUCACAAAUACAUCAACAUGACGCUCGGCACAGGCUCGCCGAGCUCGGGAUCCCACGUGUGUACAAGUGUCUCUCAUGGGGCUCGGUCCAGGACUGCCUGUACUACCUUGUUCGUCGAGCGAUCGAGAACCAAGGUGCGGCGGAAAGGAUGAAGUCUUCACUAAAUGAGAUGCAGGCUGAGUUGCGAAGGCGGUUCUUUGGAUUGUUCAGGCGUGGAAAAUGA